AUGGUCGAGGCACCAGGGGUCGUUCUUCGCCCACAGCAGCAACUGACAGAGCAGGCGCAACGACGCCCGCCCGACUGGGUGGCAUACACAGACGGGUCGGAAGACCUAGGGAAAGCAGGGUGGGCCUAUGCAGUACUCAUCGGGGGCGACGCCAUCGGCGAUGAGGGCGCGUCGCUGACGAGCGAGGGCUACGGGCCAGUUGUCACUUCGGCGGCGCACCCAGCCUUCCUCGGCGCGCGUAAGCAUACCAACAACACGGCGGAACUAACCGCCCUAGCCGAGCUGCUCCGAGCUCUCCUAUCCUCGUCACAGCAACGAGCGGGCUCACGCGGAGUAGUUCGCACCGACAGCGAGUACGCGGCGGCAUGCAUGAUGGGGCGGGUGACCCCCAAAACGAACAGACAGCUGGCGGAGAACCUGCGUUCCCUCUGGCAACGCCUUCGCGCCAAACACACCGUGACGUGGAGGCAUGUGGCGGGUCACAGCGGCAACAAAUGGAACGACUACGUCGACGAGCUAGCUGCUCGCGGCAGGCAGGGUGACAGAGGCUCAAACGCUGCCGAGUGGGCGGACAACACCAUCCCGACGGACACUCCCGACGCGGGAAGCGACGCGGGGGGGGGCGACAGCAACACCGUUGGACACGGAGCAACGGGCGGCGGCCAGGACUCGGAGAGGGAAGAUGAUAGCGACGCCGACUGUGGACCUGCUACACCAAUGCGCAAUGGCUACAGCCCCAGCCAGCCCCGUCAGCCACCCCUCGCCCGCCACCGACCCUGA